AUGAAGCUGCAGCAGGAGGAGCAUACAAAGCAGAUGGCUCACUUCGCGGAAAGAAAGGCUAUCCUUGACGCUGAAAAGCAGCAGAUGGAGAAGAAGAUGGCGGACCUCAACGCGCACAUUGAUGUGCUAAAGGAGGCGAGCACGCCCCGUCGCAACGGCAGUGGAACUGAGGAAGCUGCGCAGUGGAUCAAGAGCAAGAAGAUGCAGCGGAAGGGCAAGGUCGGCAAGAAGAAGGGUGCGAGUGGUGUCGGCAAGGGCAGCCCCAGGCCGGCGGUGCAGGAGGCGCAGGGUGCGGACGCAUCUCAAGAGUGCGCGCGGCCAGAGACGGAGUCAGUGCACGGUGGCAUCCCCUUCUCGCAGCUCCUCAAGCUGCUCGAGCGCGUGGCGCGGUGCGAGGAGGAGAUUGGGACCGGGCCUGCCGCCGACGGGGCGGAUUUGAAAAAGCGCGUCGACUCGCUGGAGGCCAUCCUCGGCGUGGCGAGCGAGGGCAGCAUCGCGAGGGCGGAGGCCGAGAAGACGCGGCUAGCCGAGAGGGCGCCGCUAGCGCCCAAGACGCCCGAGCCGCGAGAGGACGAACGCGAAAAGAGGUGGGAGGCCGAGAGGGCGCGGCUAGCGGCCAUCGAGGCUGCCAAGACGCCCGAAGAGAGAGCUGCAGAGUCGUCGUCGUCGGCGGAGGCCGGGAAGGCGCGACUAGCCACGGUGGCGGCGCUGAAUGCGGUGGCGCAAGAAGCAAAUGAUUGGGAGGUAGCGCUGGCUCAGAUGGCAUUGUCGGCCUCGCGCAGACAGGCACGGACAAGCCGCACCGCCUUCGUGGCGCGUCUCAUAGAGCAGCUGGACCUCUUUUCCCGCUCGUGGCUCGCUCAAUCCGCCAACAUGAGCGGCCCCUCUCUCUUCGUCGCUAACAACGCCUCGCUCGUUGUCCCUUUCGGCAGCUCCGCGUCGCUUCUCAGCGGCCCCGCCUCGGAUGUGGACCUCGCGGUGCUCCUCGAGCUGCCGAUGGAGGAGCAGCGCCGCUUCGUCGAGGCCCUCGCCCAGCAGCCCUUCGCGAGUCCCUUCAGUGCGAUGGUGGCUACGCCGGUCCCGCUUGCGCGCGUCCCGAUCUGCAACCUCCGCGACCCUGUGUCCGGGCUUGCUGUGGACGUGUCGGCCGGCAAUGCCAUCGCGAUUGACAACACAUUGCUGAUUCGGACGUACAUGGAGCUGGACGAGCAAGGCCGACAGCUCUGCGUGCUGGUAAAGGCGUGGGCAAAGGCGAGGCGGAUCUCCUCGACGCGAAACAACACGCCAUCGAGCUACGCGUGGGUCCUGCUCGCCAUCUGCCACCUGCAGAGCUGUCAGCCUCCCGUGUUGCCUUGCCUCCAGUCGCCCGAGUAUGCCGCAGCCGCGGCGACGCUCGCCCGCGUCGAUGGCAUGGCCGGCACCUGCUGGGUCGAGAACACCACACUGACGCACGACGGGCACUGCGUAAGCUACGCCUUUUGUGGCAGCGCCGCCGCCGCACGGACCAUGUGGAGGCCGGGGGCGGCGGUGACUCUCGCCGGCGGCGGAAAGAGGCUCGCCGAGCUGCUCCGCGGCUUCUUCGACACCGCCGCACAACUGGCGAACGGCGCGGCGGCCGCCCCAUCGUACCUCGCCGCGUGCGCGUCCGCCGGGGGCUUCCGGCCGCUCCCCUCGUGCCGGUGCUUCGACAGCGGCCGGGCUCAGCACUUCGCGAUCGAGGAUCCGCUCGAGCCGCACCGCGAUCUCGGCGGAAUGGUCACGCCCGCCACGCUCGCCACCAUGCAGGGCGAGAUUGCUCGGGCGCGUGACCUCCUCGGGGCGGCGCUACCCAACGUCCGGCAGUCCAGGCCCAGGGCCAGGCCGAGUCGGCGCGAAAUUGACGCGUGGCUGGAUACGCUCCUUGAGCAGAGACCCUGA